AUGAGUAAAGAACAGCGCGAACCUAUAUAUACUGAAAUCCUUUAUCACUGCAAAUCACUUGAAAGUGUCACAGACAAGCAAAUAGAAAUGCUUAAGAAAGAUCAAAAGGAAGUUCAGCAAGCAUUACAGACAAUGUUUAAUAAACUUCAAGAAAUUUCGAAAGCAAUUCCUAAAUAUGAAAUAGAAGCAGAUAUAGAUAGAAUUAACGCAAUAUGUGAUCGUUUAGAAGCAUGUUGGUCAAGAGUUCAAAAUGUCAACAAAAGAUCAGAUAAGCUAAUUACAACUUUGCAACAAAAAUCAGCUCAACUAAGCAUAGAAGUUGAAAAGGGUGUUCAAGCAUAA